CUCCUUUGGACUUUGUGUAUGUGUGAGUUUGUAUCUGAUGAAUUGGAUAAGGAUUGCUACAUUUGCGAUGUAAUCAAGAGGUUUGCAUGGGUUUUCCAGAACCAGGAAAACCAUUCCAAAGUCCUCCAGAACUAUGAGUGAGUUUCAAGGCUCUGACUUCCAUCUCAGAGCAGAUGAGAAGUUGUCGUGGACGGAGUCAUCUGCCUCUGGACAGAAAACCUACACCAUUCCUAGCCCGACAGAGAUGCACACCGUUACCAGACCAGUUGCAGAACCUCUUAUACUGAAGAUCGAUGAAAGACAAAGACUUGCCCGCAAACGGAGGGAGGAGCUGGAGAAAGAGAGCGCUGCACAAGGCUCUAAGUGGCUGGAGAGAGAGGAGAGGGCCCGACAGUUUUAUGAGAAACAGCUGGAGGAGCGCAGGAAAAAAAUGGAGGAGCAGCAUCUGAAGGAAGAGAGGAGACGAGCCGCAGUGGAGGAGAAACGACGGCAGAAACUAGAGGAAGAGAAGGCACGGUAUGAAGCUGUUAUCAGAAGGACCAUGGAGAGGAGUCAGAGAGCUAGGCCAAAAUCAAACCGCUGGAGCUGGGGUGGAACAUUUUCUGCCAGCACCUCACACAACAGUGAUGCUGAAAGGCGGUCAGUGUCCACCAUGAAUCUGUCCAAACACACAGAUCCAGUCAUAUCCAAACGUCUGUCCUCGUCCUCAGCAACCCUGCUGAAUUCACCAGAUAGAGGUAUGCGUCGAAUGCCUCUGACCCCAUGGGAGAAUAAUGUAGUCUGUCGACUACAGACACCAACACACUCCUAUCUGGCCAGGAGUCGCAGCGCCAUGUCUUUGUCUGGAGAUGCAGCCUCCUGUCACCCAAUGACCUCGAUGUCCUUCAAGUCCCUCCAGUGUCACAGUGCUGAGCGACCAAUCAAAGCUGGCCUUAAUCUCGAGAGACCCCUUAGAGCAGGGUACAUUCCUCAAGGCAACAGCACUCGCAGAAAGACCACUCAGAAUAUACCGGUUGACCGAAAGGAUAAGGACAAUGUGAGGAAGUCAUGGAGCAAUCUUUCUUACCCCACUCCCAGUCUGAGCCUGUUCACACCCAAGAGAGCUCCUUCACCUGUCAGUAAUCGCAUCAGGGUCACCAAUCCAUCUCCCAACAGGAGCUCCACUGCUAAACCCCCUCAGAAGACUCCUAACCCCCAAAAGUCCAGGUCUCCACCUCCUCCUGCAUCAAUGCCUCUGUCUCCUAGUAAUCCCUCAUUAUUGCCUGGCAAUCUUGGGCCCAACAGAGUGGCACCAGAGAGCCCGAGAGUUACUCCAGAGGGAGAGGGGGGCAAAAAAGAGGAGCAGGGGCCAAAUUCCAACUCUCCUAAAACUGAACCACAGGCCCCUGCAACUAAACCUGAGCCCACUGCAGAAAUGACUGGAAGUCCUUCAUCAGCUCGGCCCUCUGCAGGUACAACAGAUCCCGAAGAAGCAUCUCGUCUGCUGGCUGAGAAAAGAAGACAGGCCAGAGAUCAAAGAGAGAGAGAAGAAGAGGAGAGGAGAAAACAGGAAGAGGCAGAAAGACGCAGCAGGGAGGAGAUGGCCCGCAGAAAGGCAGAGGAGCGAGCAAAGAGAGAGGAGGAGGCCCAGCGGCAGGCAGAAGAAAGAAGGAGACAAGAGGAGGAGGAAAAGCAUAUAGAGGAGGAGAGAGCACAAAGGGAGAAAGAAGAGGCUGAAUGUCUGCAGAGACAGAAAGAGGAAGAGGAGGCCCGACAGAGAGAAGAGGCAGAGCGUUUGCGACAGGAAAGAGAGAAACACUUCCAGAAAGAAGAGUCCGAGAGACUGGAGAGGAAGAAGCGCCUUGAAGAAAUUAUGAAACGCACACGCCGAUCUGAUCAGAAAAUAACUCCUCAGAGAAAUGGUGAGGUAGGCCAACAGAGUGGACAAGAUUCAGCGAGUACAGUAUCCAGUAGCCCGUCAGUGAGUGUGUCAUCCCCUAUGUCUCCUGAAACCUCUGUGACAGAACGUAGUGACAGUAAUGGACACACGCGCCCCUGCUUCAUUACACCUAUACUGCCACCUGCUGGUCACAGUACAAGUGUUGCUGCCCAGCUCAGAGAAAAUGGCAUUGUUGCAGAGAUAAAGGCCUUUGAGGAGGUCAUAGAGGUUCCCAUGGUGACCAAAGUGUCCCGUCAGGAAGGAGACGGAGAGGAGGUGGCAAACGAAGAGCAGGAGAAGAGAAGGGUUCCCUUCUUGGCCUUCAGAGGGAACGGCACACGUAAUGUGAGUGAACUGGAGGAGAAUCCAGCACUGUAGAGUGCAGAUGAUGUACGAACACAAAUAAUGAUGGAAGUGCUGCGUGCAACACAGGCAAGAAAAAUAGGAUGAGUCCGAGGUCCGACCCCUCACUGUAUCUCCCUCCAUCUGACACUAAGACACCUCAAACCGCAAAGAGAAAUUAAGAAGGAAAAAUCUCCGACCAUCUCCUCACAGCAGAGACGGAUCUCCUGGCUUGUGCUUCCUGUGAUCCGCUCCUAUCUCCCCAAACUGAAGGUGGUACGGCUCAAACUAAUUAUCCACUGUUAAUGGAGGGGGCCACUCUUGUUGGUGACUAUAAAGUCACAUCUAAUACUUGAAGAUUAGUAUUGUCUCUGUCAUGGAAACUCCUGUGAAGUGCUAAUCGUAAGGAAUGUGUGACGAGAGAGUGGUGGUUAUGUUAACACAGGCUUAUGGCAAAACCUCCUAGUUUUGCUCCCAUUAUGCCAGCAAUGGAGUGAUUGAACUCUCUGCUUCAUUUUUUGUAAUUGGUGUUAAUAAUGAAUAGAACAUAUUUUCCUCCCUCUUUGUAAAGCUUGAACAGAUGUUUGCCUCUUAAUUGAUGAUUUUUGCUACAGGUACGGUUGCAAAGAUCUCUUGCUCCAUUGCACCCCAGCAUACUGCUGUCUGCGUAAUCUGAACAAAGCAAACGUUUGAGUAAAUAUCACAAAUCCAGGUCACAUUUUCCCAAAAAAAUCAAAAGAAAUAAAUAAUAAACAUUGCAUAAAGAAAAUUAGGCCUAUUAGGACCAUUAACUUUUUUUUAGCAUUGUAACAUUGUUUUCAUUACAAUUAAACACAUUUUACAUAACUUUAAUAACAAAGAACAAGUAUAUAUUAUUUAAAUUGUAAAGUAUUUAUACGUCAUUGUUGUAUUUGUUGCCACGCCAGUCAUUUUAAAUCAGUAAUGGUUUAAUUUAUGAACAUAAAAAAUAUCACUAUUAUCCUUUUACCCUUAAUCACUUUUGAGAACAUAGGCUUCAUUUUCGUUUUGCAAAGUAAAAAGAAAAUAUUAAGAUUUUGGGGUAAAAUGUGACUUCGAUAUUUUUUCGUGAGCUUCUCUGUUGAUAGUUGGCUAGCCGUGUUCUGUGAAUCCAAUAAAAAUAUCAAUAUAAAGAAUUAAGGGUGCACCGAUCGAUCGAAAUCGGCUGAUCUUCAUCUUAAAUCCACGGUCAGCUGGCCGAUCGUGCCUAGAAUCAGGGCCGAUCUUUUUUGCAGCACGGAGGGAAUCGCACAUACACUGCUACUCUAAUGAAUGAACGCUUGCUCGGCCCUUGAAGCAUGACAGAGUGGCAUUUGGAGUUGUUAGCAGUUUAACUUUCAGACAUGUUGUAAUUCACAUGAACAUGCUGUUUAGUUUUAACAAAUGUGUAAGAAUUGCACAUUGCCCAUUUCAAAAUUGCCCAUUUUCUAGAGUCAUUACGGUAGUAAUUCUGACUCACUGCACUGUGAGCAGUAAGAGGAUAAAGAGGCAGCUGAAGGGUAUAAAAACUAAUUAAACAACAUAUACAUGCGAAUACAAAUCGGAGUACUCGUGACAAUCAGAUGCUGUGUGGAGCGAUAGAGACUGUUUGAGCCAUCAUGAGCUUUUAGCUUUACUCUCUUUAACAGGAGCGCUCUCCGGGUGCUCUCGAUAUUUCAUCACCAGUCACUCAUCCCAGCAGUAUUCUGUGAGGAUCCCAAUUUAAAUCAGAUCACUGUUGGUCACAAUACCACUAAUAACAGAUAGAACUGUUUAACCAUCAAUAACGGCAGCGCGUCUUCAUGCAUUUGCUUAAUAAUUAGUGAUUUGUGUUACAAGAUGCCAAAGACAGUAAACAAAUCAUAGAUCUUAAUGAUUUCUCACUGGAGCAGUUUUAAAGCUUGUAAUGGAUAUAUUAUUCUUAUUUUUGAAUGUAUCUCUGCUGUGUGUGAUGCUCUCAUGGGUUUUACUGGUUGCCAGUAUGUCACAAUGGCAUUUUGAUAUUGACAACAGAACUAUUCAUAACUGUUUCAAAACAAAUAAAUGUUAGCAAUUCACAAUUAAUGUAAUUUUGGUAACUUUAUAAAAAGGUUCCAUUCGUUGCAUUAGUCAAUGUAUUAGGCAUCAUGAACAAACCAGCAUUUUUUUACAGCAGAAAUGCAACAUUUGUUCAUUGUUAGUUCAUGUUAGUUCAUAGUGCAUUAAUGUUAACCAAUACAACAAAUCAGAGAUCGGUAUCGGCCUUAAAUUUCCUGAUCGGUGCACCAAUAUAAAGAAUGAAAUCUCGCAAAAUCGAUUGUAAUAAAAAAUGAGCAGAAUGUCUUUCAAUUUUAAAUGCUGCUACCAAUGUCUUUCCUUUGCCUUAUCAGAUGAAGUAACUUUUUGAUGGCCCGUGACCUCUUUAUCUGUUUAAGUGCUGAUUCGUUUUUUGUGUUCAAAAUAUCCUUAGUUCAUCAAUAGGCUUCCAAUAAAUGCUCUCGGUUUAGCCCUGUCAUUGCUGCUACAUCAUGUAUUCAUUUUACUUUCAUCCACGCCCUGUGUGAUAUGAUGACAGAGGGCUUAUGUAAUACCAAGUAUCCUUUAUAGGGAACAUUACUUUAUAAUCCACUUUGUCCUUGUAAACAACAAAGACAGACUUUAGUUACAAGAGACAUUGCAAAUAAAGGCAGGGAUCGAUUACAUAUCUGGUCAAAUAAGUCUAAACUGACACAAAAUACAUUUCUAAAUGCAAACAGUACAAAGCAUUAAUACACGAGUACAUUUAAAUGAUGCACAAAAUCUGACAGCAUUAUUUUGGGGAAACUGUGAGUGAAGGUUUAAGACCAGCACAACUUCACUGAGAGACAGCGAUCUCAGUGAAUACUUAAUCUUCUGUAUUAUUUAUGAAAAACAAAUAAAUCUGAUGUAGCCCCUAUGUGCCCUUGACCAAACCAACAGCAAUCAGAAGGAUUUUUUUCCAACCAAUUCGAUCUAUAUUGCAUGUACAGAUGAUCAAAAGCAAUAAAACAUUUUGUUCAGAAACAACUAAGACUGCUUCAUUGUGUAACUUGACAUGCGUCCCUGACAGGAUAAAUGUCACUGUAAAUGAGGGCUGUUGUUAAAAUGAUGUUACUAACCUUGAUGAAACUUCUGCAUGUAUAAGCAGCUGUUUAGAAAAGGGGGUAUUUUUAUUGUAUUUAUUUUGACAAACAGUUCAAAAGCAGAAUGUAUUUCUGUUUAAAGUUGUUUGUAAAACAGUAUAAUUAAGUUUUUGAUUGAUAUAUAUGUAGGGGUUUGUUCA